AUGGCGUUGAGGGCUAAGGCAGAUGUGUGGCCCUGGAGGUCCCUGCGAGGACCACGAUUACUGGGCACCAGAGCAGCUCCAGUCCCCAAGGCAGUGCUGCCCUUUGAGGCCAUACCUCAGAGUCCAGGAAACAAGUGGCUGAAGAUGCUGCAGAUCUGGAGGGAACAGGGCUACAAGAACCUUCACCUGGAGAUGCAUCAGACCUUCCAGGAGCUCGGACCCAUUUUCAGGUACAACGUGGGAGGAACACAAAGGGUGUGUGUGAUGCUGCCGGAGGACGUGGAGAGGCUGCAGCAGGUGGACAGCCUGUACCCCCACCGGACAAGCCUGGAGCCCUGGUUGGCCUACAGACAGCAUCGAGGGCACAAAUGCGGCGUGUUCUUGCUGAAUGGGCCUGAGUGGCGCCUCAACCGAUUGCAGCUGAACCCAGAUGUGCUGUCACCAAAGGCCGUCCAGAAGUACCUCCCCUUGGUGGAUAUGGUGGCAAGGGACUUUGUUCAGGUCCUGAGGAACAAGAUGCUGCAGAAUUCCCAGGGGAGCCUGACCCUGGACAUCCAGCCCAGCAUCUUCCAGUAUACCAUAGAAGCCAGCAAUUUAGCUUUUUUCGGAGAGCGGCUGGGUCUCUUUGGCCAUCACACCAGCUCAGCCAGCCUAAACUUCUUCCAUGCCCUGGAGUCCAUGUUCAAAUCCACUGCGCAGCUCAUGUUCAUGCCCAGGAACCUGUCCUGCUGGACCAGCCCAAAGGUGUGGAAGGAGCAUUUUGAGGCCUGGGAUAGCAUCUCCCAGUAUGCUGACAAUUGCAUCCAGAAAAUCUAUCAGAAAUUGGCUUUCAACUGCCCUCAACACUACAGCGGCAUUGUAGCAGAGCUCUUGUUGCAUACAGACUUGUCAAUAGAUGCCAUCAGGGCCAACUGUAUUGAACUUACAGCCGGGAGUGUGGACACGACGGCCUUCCCCUUGAUGAUGGCACUCUUUGAGCUGGCUCGGAACCCUGAUGUGCAGCAGGCCCUACGCCAGGAGAGCCUGGUAGCUGAGGACAGUAUCAUCGAACAUCCCCAGAGGGCAACCAAGGAGCUGCCCCUGCUGCAGGCGGCCCUCAAGGAGACCCUGAGGCUCUACCCGGUGGGUGCCACUGUGGAACGACUGGUGAACUCAGACUUGGUGUUGCAGAACUACCACAUCCCAGCAGGGACAUUGGUCCAGUUGUUCCUCUACUCAUUCGGACGCAACCCUGCCUUGUUCCCAAGACCAGAGAGCUAUAACCCCCAGCGCUGGCUAGACAUGAGGGGCACCAGCAGGAACUUCCACCACCUGUCCUUUGGCUUUGGUGUGCGCCAGUGCCUGGGGCGGCGCCUGGCAGAGGGGGAGAUACUGAUGCUGCUGCACCACGUGCUGAAAAACUUCCAGGUGGAGACAUUAACCCAAGAGGAUAUAAAGAUGGUCUACAGCUUCAUAUUGAUGCCCACCACCUUCCCUCUCCUCACCUUCAGGGCCAUUAAGUAG